UAAAAUACGGGGUCAAAUCCUCCUCUCAGGAAUCAUCGCUCCCCAGGCCCCAGCAGCGGGCAGGAACAGCCUUCGUCCUCCCUGAGGCCUCCUCGCAUCCGGCGCCGCCCUCCUCUCUUCUUCUCCUCCGUCAUGAUGGACCUCGAUCCUCGUCUCUACGAGAACGUCUCUGUCAGCGACAAUGAUGUCCGAAACAUAGUGCUAUCUUAUCUUAUGCACAACUGUUUUAAAGAGACGGCAGAGACAUUCCUAUCCAGCACCGGGUUGAAGUUACCUGUUGACUAUAGUGUGAAUGUGGAUAAGCGUAAAGCUAUUUUUAAUUCUGUGCUAGAAGGGAAUGCCCUGAAGGCCAUAGAGCUGACAGAAGAACUGGCACCUAACUUGCUAGAGAAUGAUAUGGAUCUGCAUUUUGAUCUUUUGAGUCUUCACUUCAUUGAGCUAGUUCGCUCCAGAAAAUGCACAGAAGCUCUUGAGUUUGGCCAGAAAAAAUUGACGUCGUUUGGAAAGGUUCCCAAGUAUGUUGAGAAACUAGAGGAUUUUAUGGCCCUCCUGGCUUAUGAAGAGCCUGAGAAGUCACCCAUGUUUCAUCUACUAAGCCCAGAGUACAGGCAGAAUGUUGCAGAUAUCUUGAAUCGGGCUGUCCUUGCACAUGCUAAUCUGCCGGCAUAUUCAUCACUGGAGAGAGUGGUACAGCAAGCAACUGUGGUUAGACAAUACCUACAGCAGGAAGUUGGCAAGGAUUCUUACCCGCCAUUUUCUUUGAAGGCCUUUCUGAGCAAGUAAAGGCACAACUGGUAAAUUCUUCAGAAAUGGUACCACCUCUCCAGGCCAUUGGGAGGUCCUUACAGAGUGCACAAACAACGAAGCAGUUUAUACAAUUCUAGAACCGUCUUCUUGGCAAAUGGUGUGGUACUUUGAAAGAGGGAUGCUGUAUGUGUUCUGUUUCCACAUUCUGUUUCUGCGUCCCCGCCUUAGACAUAGCAAAAGCAUGUACAUAUGAUCUGUUGAAUUAUUCCGUGCCUUCGUUCCGGGAGUUCUGUUUGAGCUGGUUUGUUGUGGACUAUGGGUGUAACUGGUCUUUCGCAUGGCUCUCGGUUUGCAGUUACUGCAUGCGCAGGCAGUGCAGGGGGCAGGGAUAGGCUGAAUGGAUGUGGAAGGGUUGUUUGGUUUGGUGUUCGUUUGGCUGUGUGAACAUAGAUGAAAUUAAAUGUGCAAUGGAAGUAAUAAAACUAUGUUAA